AUGCCACCUGUAAGCCUGGGAACUGUGAGGAGUCUGUGGUGGGAAAAACUAAUAUGGCCGACAUUUCAGAGGACUGGACAAAAAAAGAAAAACAAAGGAAAGAAAGGUAGAAAAAUCUUUCUGUCUCUCUGUUGCUGCCUCUCAGAUCCUGUGACGAAGCGUCGGCCCGCACCAUCACCCACCAACCGCAAAAUGGACGACCAGAGCAGCACCGCGCCACCCAGAGGCCUGGUACAUACUGACAGCCCAAACUUCCUCUGCAGCAGCCUGCCGCAGCACUGGAGGUGUAACAAGACCCUGCCGAGAGCCUUCACUGUGGUUGCCCUGGGCAACGACGUGCCAGACGGUGUGGUUGUCACAGUGAUGGCUGGCAACGAAGACAAUAGCAGCGCUGAGCUACGCAACGCCACAGCAACCAUGAAGGAAGGCUACGCCUACUUUAAUGACCUCCGCUUCAUAGGUCGCAGCGGUAGAGGCAAGAGUUUCACACUUUCCAUCAAUGUGCUGACCUCGCCCCCUCAGAUCGCCACCUUACACAGAGCCAUCAAGGUGACUGUGGAUGGACAGCGGCUGCCAAGACGACAGAGGCAGAAGGAGGUGAAGUCAGGAGUGUUCAGCAGCAGCAGCACGGCAUCAUCAGAUUGUAGAUCCUUUUCCUCCUCUCUGUGGACCAAUGAGCAGUCGUUCCUGGGCCAGGUGACCUCUCUGACUUCCUCCUUCACUCCAAGUCCCAGAAUGCACCACCUGCCUGCCCUCUCCUACUCCACCCAGCCCACACCAUACAGCUCCUACCUGUCUCCUCCUCCUCCGCUGAGCCACAAUGGUCCGUUCCAGCCGAGCAGCUUCUACUACGGACCGAACCAAACGCUCCAAACCACGGGGGAGGACCGCAACGUUGUCGCAGCACUGACCAAUUAUAUUGAAGGGGCGUGUCUUUCUAUGAGAGGGGAGGACCCUGUGUGGAGGCCUUAUUGAUGAUUGGAUGGUGUUAUACAUCAUCUUAAAAUUAAAUAUUUUGCGGGUUUGGGGAUUUUUUACUUUGUUUUCAUCCUGGGACCCACCUGUAAAAAGAAAUCUUUAAACUUGACUUGUUUGUCAGCAACUUCUGUGUACUAUAGUGAUUAUGCUGUUCUUAUUUAUUGCAUUGUUAUGAAAAUAUUUUAUUAUUAUUAUUAUUAUUUAUUACUUUGAUUGUUAGCUUUCCCUUUUCUAUUAAAGACUUUCAGGAUUUGACAGUUAAUUUGUUAUACAAUAAAGUGUUUAGUAGAGCAACAGUAUAAAAAAUCCACAUUAACUUCACACAUUAACUUAACUGAGCACACAAAAUAGAAUAUCUCUUUAACAAUGAAACAAUUAACCUCCUGAGUGUUUGACCAGCCUCUAAAAACUACUUUGACAAACUCAAUCAAUGAUCGGUAUUUGGAA